UCCCAUCUACCAGAAUAAGUUAAUAUUGAUUCCUCACAUUGACCAAUUGACCAUAUCCAAAUAAUCUAAUGGUAGUGUAGUUUUUGGAUUCAUGAUGAGUUUAAUGCGAAAUACUGUUAGAAAAGCAUUGCCUUCAAUCUUUCGCGUCUUUUCAUUGAAGAACGAAUAUGUGGCUAGCCAACACAGCAAGAAAUUCUACAGCAACGACAGCUUGGAUAGCUUUGAUGAUAAUCCUUACUCCUUUGUUAAUGAAACGUUCCUGUCGAUGAAGGGGAGAAAUGAACUAGAAAUUAAACAUUUGCUAUGGAUAGCGGCAGAUUUAAAGGAAAGAAUCAAAAAUGGAACGAGGUAUUAUACCAUCAGACCAUUGGAGGGUAAGAGCGUUGCAUUAAUUUUAAAACGAAGUACAAGAACAAGGGUAUCGACGGAAACAGGAGUUGCAUUACUGGGAGGACAUCCUUUAUUUUUGACAGAGAAUGAUAUUCAUUUGGGUGUAAGUGAAUCACUUUCAGAUACAGCAAGGGUAUUAUCUGGAUUUGUUGAUGUAAUUCUUGCUCGAGUGAAUGAUCAUAAUGAUUUAGAAACUCUGACUAAAAGUGCUUCAAUUCCUGUUGUCAAUGGUCUUUCAGAUGUGUUUCAUCCUUUGCAAAUACUGGCAGACUUUCUUACUUUACAGGAACAUUAUGGAUAUCUUGAUGGAUUAAAUAUUGCAUGGAUUGGCGAUGGUAACAAUAUUGUACAUUCAUUAAUGAUGGCUGCUCCUAAAGUUGGAAUCAACCUAAACAUUGCUACACCAAAGGGUUACGAGCCACAGGCAGACUUGAGAAGGGAGUGCAGUAAAUUUGCAGAAGAGCAUGGCACUACAGUUAACUACACGUCUGAUCCUCGUGAUGCAUGUCAUGGUGCCAAUGUAAUUGUUACAGAUACAUGGGUCAGCAUGGGUCAGGAGACCGAGGCUGAACAAAGGUUUAAGGAUUUCAAAGGAUAUCAAGUGAAUCAAGACCUGGUAAACUUGGCAGCCAAAGAUUGGACAUUCUUGCAUUGUCUACCUCGCAAACCAUAUGAAGUUUCUGAUGAGAUAUUUUAUUCUGAUCGUUCAUUGGUUUGGCAAGAAGCUGAAAACAGAAAAUGGACAGUCAUGUCAGUGAUAGCAAGUUUGGUGAAAGAUCUUGAGCCAGAAAUACCUGUUCCUGUAUGGAAAAAAUAAAUGACAACAUUUCAAUGAUAUUCAUUACACUUGUGGUAGUGGAAAAAUUAUCAUCACUUAACUCA